AUGUGGAUCAAGCUCACAGUACCUGCAUACGAAGUCGCUGAGCCUGUUGAUCCACUGGACGUGGGCUGGAGCUCACCUGCCUGGCACGGCGAUGAAGACGGCCGUACUUCUGCUUCUGGUUCACUCAUAUCUGAGAACUUCGGUACGAACCCCGGUGGCUUUGCACGCAACGGCGUGCAGGGUGUGGAGGCUGUCAAUCCUGCGCUCGAGGCGAGAGUGGCAGCGCAUCGUCAAGGAUAUGCGUUCAUGGAUCGGAAACAGUUCGAUCCAGUCUGUCGGUAUAUCGAAGAAGUGCAAAGAUUUGCGACUUCCGCCUUCGGCUAG